ACCAGGUGCCUGUUCUACAGCGACCUGGUAGACUCUGUAGGGUGGGUGCUGUCCCCGAAUGUACCCAUAUCACAGGUGAGUGAGAUGCCUAGGGUCAGAGAGGCAGUGACUGGCCAAGGGACCCAGUUGUGACUCUCAGCCCUGCCCUGUGUGAGCCCUGACUUCUGUGACCUCCCUACCCUAGAUCCCAAAUCUGUCUGGGUUCAGCCCGCAAUGGGGCAGAGUCUGGCCCUGGAAGAGCCACUGGGAUGGAGCUCCUAUGGGUGGGGUGGAGGGGGUGGUGCUCGGUCCAAGUCUGUGCCCUAAGCUGGGUCCCCGCAAGAGGAGGUCUCACCAACUCAGACUUCGUGUGCAGUCACCGAUGGUCAUUGUGGGACCCACUGGACACAUGGGGUCCCUUGUCUGGGCCCAGGGUUUGGAGCCGUCUGCCUGUGGGUAAUUGCGGAAGGGGACGUUGAGCACCGCUGCUCUGGGCCUGGGCAGUGGGGACCUGGUCAGGAAGGCCUGGUCGCUUGGGGACUGGUCAGCAAGGACGUGGUCAGUGGGGAAUUGGUCAUCAGGGGUCUGGUCAGCAGAGUCUUGGCCAUUGGGGCUUAGUCAGUGAAAACCCGGUCAGUGGAGACAUGGUCAGUUGGAGCCUGGUCAUCAGGGGCCUGAUCAGCAAGGACCUAGUCAGAAGGCCUGGUCACCGGGAAAACAGUGAAAGCCAGGCCAGCAGGGGUCUGGCCAGAUACUUGCUGGGUGACCUCAGGCACAGGGUGUGUCCUUAGAACAUCCUUGCCUCCAUCCAUAGCAGAAAUGAGUCAUGGCAGCCCGCAAGGCUACCGGGAAGAGGAGGUGAGAAGGUGUGUGGAGUCUGACCCUGCCACUCACACCUAGCAUGUUACAGUCUAGCUGAGUUCCCCCUAAUGAGGGGGCCUGCCCUGUGCCCUCUACCCACUAACCCCCAUUUGCAUCUUCAGUGCUGCCCCGGGUGGGGAGCUCUGAGGUUGGGGAAGACCAUGGAUGCUCUGAUGCUGGCCACAGGCCCCAAGGGAAGGUGACACUGAUGAGGAAUUGAUGAGAACUUGGGUGCACAUGUCAGUGGGACAGCUAGGCCUGGCCAGAGAAGCUACUCACGCACACGCAUGUUCACCCACAGGAACUGCAUGCUCACCUGCACAAACACAUCACACAAACACAUUUUGGCACCUUGGGGGCUGGAGGCCACUGACUCUGAGCCCUCUGGGCCUGGGCAAUGGAACCAUUGUGAUGAGUGUCAUGACCUCACAAUGUCACUGGUGCCGAGGGACCUCCCACCUGCCCACCCGCCCACCUGUGUGUUGUGCGGCACUUGGACACAAAACACACACAGGUGUCUGGUUCUGUGCAUAAACGACUUUUCUAAGUGAGAGAGACAACUGCCUCAGUAGACUCAGAAAACUGAGUAUAUUCCUGGUCCCUGAACAAUCCCCGGAGGAUUUCUGACCCCACAUGUCUCCAGGUGCCCAGAACAGCCCAUCAUAGGCGUUUCACCCUCAGAUGGAGCUGAAUGAGGCCCUGGAUAUGCUGCCCGGCCAGGGACAAGGAAACAUCAUCUGCCAGGUACACCGAGCUGGCACAGCAGUGGACGUGGGGCAUGGGCCUGCUGAUAAUGAAAAAGACACCAAGCACCUUGGGAUUAUGCAUGAGACAGAGCUGCUCCCUGUGCGUAUUCCGGAGGUGAAGCAAAGAAGUCAGGAUACAAUAUGCAUCAAGAACUGGGUCAAGGUGUUUAAAAGCUGGCCGAAAUAUAAAAACACCAAGAAGCUCUCCCACAUAGUAUACAAAGAAAUUCCCCAAGCAGUACGAGGUCAGGCAUGGGCACUCCUGCUUGAUGUUGACCAAAUCAAGACUGAAAACCCUGGGAAAUACAGGGUCAUGAAGGAGAAGAGCAAGAGUUCCCCCAGGAUCAUCCGCCGCAUCAAGCUAGAUGUCAAGUACAAUCUCUGGGACAAGAUGUUCACAGAAGGACUUCGGGUCAAUCAGCAGGAAUUAUGUGACAUUCUCGUGGCCUACUCUGCAUAUAACCCUGAGAUGUGCUACCACAGGGACCUGAGCCACAUCACCUCAAUCCUCCUCCUCUAUCUGCCAGAGGAAGAUGCGUUCUGGGCUCUGACCCAACUACUGGACAGUAAAAGGCAUUUCCUGCAAGCAUUCUACAGCCCAAAUAAAGCCCUGCUGCAGAAGCUCUUAUCACGCCAAAAGCAGAUGUUGCACAAGUACUUCCCCAAGACCAUGAGACACCUGGGCAAGGAAAGGCUGUGCAUUGAGGAUUCCAUGCUGAUGAGGCUCUUCGGGUGUUUUGUUGACGGGAAAUCCUUAGGGCUCACCCUGCGACUGUGGGAUGUGCUCAUCCUGGAGGGCCAGCGGGUACUGACAGCCAUGGUGCAUGCAUCAUUCAAAAUACACAGGAAGCUCCUCAUGAAGCUUUCCUGGAACACCAUCCCGGAGUUUCAGGAGCAGCUCUCUCAGAGCUGGGCCCUGGAGGACAAUGCCAUCCUCAGGAAUCUUCUAGCAUCCAUGAAGAAACUCACAAGAACACACUGGGACCUGCCACCCCCAGCCAAGCUCAAGGAAGAGUCCUCGGGUGUGUCCUCUGGCAUUGGGCCCCGCUGUGAGGAGGACAGACAGACCCUCCCCACCCCACCAGCUCAGCUCCAGGAGCUCAUGCCAUCAGACCACCUGCGACAAAGGACUUGUCCUCCCACAGCCUCACCUGACAGGGCUGUCCCUAAGGCCCAGAUUGAGGGCCCUCAGCAUGAGGGGGCUCCCCAAGAACACAGAGACAGCCCAAAGACUGAAGAUAAGAACCGUCUGUCCUCCAGCAAGAUCAGACUUUACAUUCCAUGGAAAUGCAUGUCCAGGAGCUCUGUGCCACUGCUCCUCAGAGAUGUGACUGUUGGGGACCACCAUUUCCUGCAUUGCCAUUUCAAACACGGCUCUAGGGACUCUAAGGUGGCUUCUCCAGGACCCAAGACCACACGCUGCCCUGUGGGGGUCCCAGAGGCUGAAGAUGAGGGCCGCCUGUCCCCUGGCGAGGUCAGACUUUGGGAUUCAGACACAUCCUCAUCCAGUAGCUCAUCCAGGAGCUCUGUGCCACCACUCCAUGCAGACCCGCCCAUCAGGGUCCUCCGUUCCAUGCCCCGCCAUUUCAAACAUGCCUCCAGGGACUCUGCGGUGGCUUCUCCAGGACCCAAGGCCACACGCUGCCCGGUGGGGGUCCCAGAGGCUGAAGAUGAGGGCCGCCAGUCCCCUAGCGAGGUCAGGCUUUGGGAUUCAUGCAAAUACUCAUCCAAAACCACACGCUGCCCUGUGGGGGUCCCACAGGCUCAAGAUGAGGGCCGCCUGUCCCCGGGCGAGGUCAGGCUUUGAAAUUCACGCAAAUACUCAUCCAAAACCACACACUGCCCUGUGGGGGUCCCACAGGCUCAAGAUGAGGGCCGCCUGUCCCCAAGUGAGGUCAGGCUUUGGGAUUCACGUAAAUACUCAUCCAAAAC